AAUACUGUUUUUAAUUGUUUUCUUUUGUUUUUAUCAUAUGUAAAUUAGUGUUUCAUUUUAAGUGCUUUUUAGCUAUUCUUUUUCUAUGUGUUUGUAAGUAUAUUGAUUGUGCUGUGUUUCCAUUGCUUUAAAUAUCGUUAACUUUGACUUUUUUUAAUUAAAAUUUUUUUUUUAUGCUUUCUUGAGACCUUUAAUUCUUUUGGUAAUAAUCCUGUCUCUCUAACAGAAUGAAAUUUAGCUUUGUAGGAUAUUUUCUGCUUAAUAGGGUGACAAAUAAGGAACAACCGGACAAAGUGGGAUCUGUUUUGCUGAUUGCAACUUCAUCUGAUAUAUUUCAGCUAAGUUGUGCGACAAAUAAGAAGCAACCAGAUAAAGUGGAAUCUAUUUUGCUGAUUGCAACUUCAUCUAACCUGAAGACUGAAGUGUUUGUUGAUGUUAUUGAAAAAAUAGUUUUCCAUAUUUCCAAAGAGGGAAUAAUUCAAAAGUGCCAACUGCAUGGAAUGAUACUCAUGAAAAGCUUCUUACCUAUGAGUCAUAAAAUAAUUGUGAAUUCAGAAGAUAAUUUAAAACAAGAUGACGUAAUGAAAGUUUGGGCUGGAAAAAAAAUUUCUUCCUAAUCUGGCUGCAGGAAGACCAUUAGUAAAAUCUAGAUCUGAGCUGGUGGUAUGUUUUGUUUCAUGUAUAUUUUUAUAUUAGAUUCUUUAUUAAAUAAAUAUAAUUUAUGCAAUCUUUAAAGAAAGAAACAUCAGUUAAGGCGUGAUUUUUUAUGCAAACCUACUUAUUAAGUAAAGUGCAUCAAGUUCAAAAAGGGCAUACGCAAAAAGUAAAAUUAACAUUAAAGAACCAAACAUUCAACUGCUUUCUAUUGAGAUCAAAUUUAAGAGAUGUCCUCCUUGAGUGUUAAGAUAGAAAGAUUAUUUAAAAACGUUUUCGUGACUGAAUUUUCUGUUUAAAUAUCGUCUAUACAAAUUUCUUAGAAUAAUUUAGAUCCUUAAUAAUGUUAAUAAUUCUAAAGUUAUUAACACU